UGAGCUCUACUCAUCACUUUUUUCACUAUAAAGUCUCAAAAACUAUUUUUAAAUUAAAUGCUUUUUGAUAUUUGGUCUUAAAUAUAUAUUUUUCUGUAUUAUUUUGCCUUUUUUUUAUUCAAAUAAGUAGUCGAAAACUGGAAUUAACUUCAAAUCUGCUUCAAAAAAAACAUUAGUUACGUUAACCACUAAGAUUUUGAGAUAUCAUAAACUAUCAUGCCUAUUACAGAAGACGCAGUGACUUAGUCCCCGGAAAUCUGCUCGAUCCGCAACCGAAUCAAAUUUCAAUCUGUGAACUCCCCGGGAUGAACUGUAUUAUCGAUCCUCGAAAACACACUAAACUGCUUACCGACAUAUGUCAUUGUUGACACUUACAUAGCCAAAUGUCAUUCUAUCACUUCCGCACCGGGCGCGGCUUCGGUAAUACGAAAUCUCGUAAAAGUGACUCUCACUCUCUCACUCCCGCUGCAUGUAUAUUAUUAUUAUAGGCAUGUAUAUUUCAAAUAUCUUUUAGAAAAUAAAAUAGACGAUAAAAUAUAGCUUUUUGAAAUUGAAUAAGUAGUUUUUGACCUGUUAUUAUUCAAUUAUUUCAAAAAUGUGACUUGCCAGUUAAAUUUUGACUUCGGAUUCGGAAUCAGUACAUACAAAUCCUUCAGAAAAAAUGGUUUGGUUCUAUUUUCGUUGCCGACCAAUGAAAUGAAAAAAAAAGUUACCCAUCUUAGAUCACAUUAUUCAGACAAAUGAGUGAAAGUAGUAUUUUUAUUUCUUUUUUAAUCUUCAGCAAUAAAUCAAUUUUUAAACUACAUAACUUUCACAGAGAGAUUUUCAUAUUAAAUGGAAAUUAAAUUUUAAAUUCGAUGGGGAGUUUUGCAUUUGAUAAAUUGGAAGAAGAAAAACAGUGAUUUUGUUAGGAAGUUAAUUUUAUAUAUCGUAAGCUUUAGAUCUGUCUAUUUUGUCUUUAGUUUAAGAAAAAUUCAUAUCUGUCAUAGUCAAAAGUGACAGCCAUUAAUUUGCCGAAAUUAUCAGGUGCAUGCCCGACUAACAAAUUUGCUCAUAUAAAGCUUUACAGGUGUUAAUGUAGCUCCUGUAAAGCUUUAUAGAAGGGUUUGUUGGGUGGUUGCAUGUGCAUUGACUUACCGAUACCCAAACUCAUGAAGCUUGCGAAAAGGUUCCUUUCGCAACAAAAUAUAUUCCUAAUUUAGGUUAAUUUUACUUUCUAGCUGGCAGAAAUAGCUGAAUAGCAUGUUUUUCUUCAAAAUAAGUUUGAAGUUUUCUAAAAGCAGAGCUAAUAGACUAAUUCCCUGCAAUAUAUCUUUACCAAUAAAUGUAUCCAUCCAUUUCUUUAAUUACUUCGUUAUAUCGACGAAGAGUACCUUUCUCUACUAUCGAACUUAUUUUUGAGUGAAAACAAAAGAUCUUAAAAGUCUAGACCCUUGGAAACUAAAAAAAAAAACAAAACAAUCUAAUACCUACUUUUAAUAGCUACAACUCACGCCAUUGGAUGAUGAUAGGUAGUAAUGAUGAUGAGGAAAAAGAUAGUAGCGAGCGGCGCAUCAGGCACACAAAACAUAGCGCGUAUAUAGAAAAUGCAUCAACCCAACCGCACCGAACCCGAACCGGCAAAGCAAACCGCCCGCAUCAAUGAAGUCAAUUUAUUACACGAGAAAUAAAAGAGGUUUUUUGUUUUCAUUUUGUUUUUAUCCAUUUUUCGUACAUUGUUCGAUAAAAAAAAAAAAAAUGUGACAUAUAAAUGCAUUCGAGGGUGACCGUCAAACUGGUUUUUUUGGGUCAUUUAUGUCAUAAAAUUUUUCUCCAUGAUGAUAUCUGAUAAGUGGUAUUAUAGGAGUCUUAUAGAGUCUUCAGAAAAGAACUUUAACCAUCACCUUUCUUUGAAGAUUGAUGAAGUAAAGAUUCGAUUUAAGACUCACGUUAAUGAUAUUUCCGCAUAGAUUACUUACAACAACAGAAAAUACUAUCUAAUGGGUUUCAGUGUCAUUUUCAGCACCUUCAAGUUAAAAAAAGUUAUUUUCUCGUGUAAUUUAAAUUUGCAAUGAUUUUCUUGAGAAUGCUAAUUGCUGGAACCAGUCGUCGUCGUAAUAGUUGCAGCUGCAAUCCAUUGACUAUACUCAAUCAGACGAAGUUGAAAAUUUAACAGUGACUCAUUUCGUUUAAUAAUGUGGUCCAAUAUGAAAAACAUGUAACCGAACGAUGUCAUUCUUAAAAAAAGGGGUCAUAAGGUUACUGGUCGGUGCACCAUUGGGGAAGAAUCUGCAGCCACAAUCGAAUCAUUCGGGUGCAUUAUACAAAUGUCCGAUCACGCAGAGUCGAAAUGACUGUGAACAAAUUAUCACCGACGGUCGUCGAUCGCCUGGCGGAGCUUAUGAACCUUCUUACGAUAGUGAUGACAUUGAGGAACUAUCACCAGCAUCCGAUGAUGAGAUCAAGGAGGGACAAUGGCUUGGGGUGACGGUUCGAUCGCAGGGUCUUGGAGGCAAGGUUCUCGUGUGUGCCCAUCGAUAUAUAACAAAAAUACGAGACAACCAAUACGGGCAAGGGUUGUGUUAUGUGCUGACGAACGACUUAAAAUACGACGAGGUCUAUGAGCCCUGUAAAGGCCGCACCGUUCAGAGAGCUCACGAAGACUAUGGUUUUUGUCAAGUUGGUACUUCUGGAGCGUUAUUGGACGAUAAUACAAUGGUUUUAGGUACUCCAGGACCGUUCACCUGGCGGGGAACGAUUUUCGUUACAGAAAUCGGAGGAGAAUACUUGGAACGGGACAAGAAUAUGUACUAUGGAGACCAUUCGGAGAGCUCAUCACCCGUCGAUAAGUACAGCUAUUUAGGAAUGGCUGUUACCGGAGGCCGUUAUUUCGGUGAAAGAAUGUCCUAUGCUGCUGGAGCUCCCCGCAGUAAUGGUCACGGUCAAGUUGUGAUUUUCAACAAAGCCAAUUCGAAUCCCAUUCCAGUGGAAAUAAUCCUCGAGGGGGAACAAUUUGCCUCGAGUUUUGGUUAUGAGUUAGCUACUGCCGAUAUCAAUGGCGACGGUGAGCCAGAUUUAAUUGUUUCGGCGCCAUUGUACUUUUCCAAAAAUGAAGGUGGCGCUGUGUAUAUUUAUCAAAAUGAAAAGAGCCAUCUACCGGCAAAACCAACUCUAAAACUGACAGGAACAGUAGAAAGCCGAUUUGGAACAGCUUUGGCCAAUAUUGGUGAUAUCAACAAAGACAAUUGUGAGGAUUUGGCUAUUGGAGCACCUUACGAAGAGGAUGGAGUUGUGUAUAUUUAUUUGGGAUCACGAACGGGUCUUUCGGAAAAACCCGCCCAAAUUAUUCAUGCUUCUGACUUGGGCAGCACUCCGGUUCCGAUAAAUACCUUUGGAAGUUCGAUAACCGGGGGAACUGAUUUGGAUGAUAACUCUUAUCCGGAUGUUGUAAUUGGAGCUUAUAACACCUCAGCUGUUGUUGUUCUUCUAUCACGACCAAUCAUAAGCAUUCAAACAAAGGUUCGAGGUUCAGAAUUGAAAAAUAUCGAUCCGACAAAGCAGGGAUGCCUCACAGACGUUUCAACGAAUCUUACAUGUUUUUCAUUCGAAGCAUGUUGCUCUAUUGAUCCAUAUGAACAGACAACAAGAAUAACAGAUCUUAAACUUAUGCUAACAGUCGAAGCUGAAACAUUUUCAAAUUCGAAAAAAUUCUCUCGAGUAUUUUUUGAUCGCGAUAAUAAACGACGAAAUGUUGUUAAACGAGAAGUGACAGUACGAACAAAUGGAAUGCUUGAUUGUCAUAGAGUUACUGGUUAUAUUAAAGAGAAUACCCGGGACAUUCAGAGUCCUUUGAUGUUUAGGCUUAACUAUACAAUUGUGGAACCUGAUUUGCCUGAUUCGGGGCUAAAAGCUUUGAAUCCGAUUCUUGAUAAAACUCAAGCUGAUAUUGAGUUCGAGGGUACAUUCCAGAAGGAUUGUGGUGAAGAUGAUACCUGUGAGUCGAAUUUGGAGCUUGGUACACAGAUUGACUUGGAUAAACAAGAUGGUGAAUAUGCUUUGAUUCUUGGUGAACGGGAGGAACUUAGAUUGAGUAUUAAUAUCAGUAACUCAGCUGAUUCUGCUUAUGAGGCACAACUCUUUAUUGUACAUCAAAAGAGUGUAGCCUACAUUGCAGCUUUAAAAACGAAUACAGCAAUAUGCAAUCGAUUUAACGAAACUGUAGUCGCAUGUGGUUUAGGAAAUCCAAUGCGAAGAGGAUCAACAAUCCAAGUGUCAAUUAGAUUCGAUCCAAGUGGCUUAGAAGAUGAAGAGACUAAAUUGACAUUUGACAUUUUCGCAAAUACAACUUCGAAAUUACUUGGUGGCAUUCCAGCGACUCAACAAACUGUUAGAGUUGUUAAACGAGCUGAUUUGAGUUUGAGAGGAUGGGCAACUCCUGAGCAAUCUUUCUAUGGUGGAGAGGUUAAAGGUGAAAGUGCGAUGCAGUAUUUGGAGGAUAUUGGUACACUUGUUACUCAUACUUACCAAAUUUACAAUGACGGUCCAUGGAAAGCUCCAAAAGUUGUACUUACAAUUUAUUGGCCACAUCAAGUAGCAAAUGAUAAGAAACAAGGAAAAUGGUUGCUUUAUUUGGAAGAUCUUCCAAUAAUUGAAGGUGCCCGUCAAGGUGAGUGUACCGUCGGUCCAGACCUAGUCAAUCCUCUAAAAUUGGCUCGCAAAGCAAAAGCAUCACUAACCCACGAAGAUCUUCGCUACAUUCCCGAACCCUACAUGCUGCGACCAACAAACAAAUCCCAUUACUACAAUCGUCAUUCAUAUUUCGAAAAAACCGAAUCAUCUUUCGAAAAACUACCUACCACCGAAACACAUCUCAAUCGAGUGCGUCGUGAUAGAGCCAAAAUAAUUCGUGCCGAAAGAUUAACCGAUAAAGAUGGUAAAAAACACGAUGUAGUCGUUAUGGACUGUGAUAAAGCUACAGCUUUUUGCAUAAAAAUCAAUUGUGAAUUGUAUAAUAUGCCACAAAAGACUGAAGCUUAUGUUCAUGUCAAAGCAAGACUAUGGAAUUCAACAUUUAUAGCUGAUUAUCCAAGAGUGGAUUUGGUGAAAAUCGUAUCGAGAGGUCAUGUUCGAAUACCAACAGAGUAUGCAGUUGAACAAGUUGAUUCUGAUGAUCGAGAAAUGGUGGAAACACGAGCUUAUCCAGAACUGUCAGAUCAAGCUCGCGAAACUGCAACACCAUGGUGGAUAAUAAUCCUUUCAAUUAUUGGAGGACUUAUACUUUUAGCCAUUGUCACAUAUGUGAUGCACAAAUGUGGUUUCUUCAAGCGACGAAGACCCGAUCCAACACUUAGCGGUAAUAUUGAGAAAAUGUCCGAAGAGAAACCAUUUUUGGGAGCGAAAAACAAAAAUCGGAUUUUCUAACGAACAUGUCAAAUUGAAUUGACUACUUUAAGUGAUACAAAAAAAGUAGAGAAAGAUUAAAGAAGCGAGACUCGAAAACUUGUUUUUGAGUUCUUUUCGAAAUAAUGUGUGUAUUUCCGAUCAAAAAAAAAAAAAAUGACCAUAUUAGACUUUUAUACUUAAUUUCGGAAAUUGUAUUUGUUUGUAAAUAUUUAUAAUAGCGUUAAACUAAUUGUCUUAAAAAAAUAGUAAAGACUUACAAUUCAUUAAUUCUCUUCAAAAGCAAAAACACUGUCCAAACUGUGAAUGUAGAUUUAGUUAAUUUUCUCUCAGAACCGCUGGCGGUUUUGAUAUAUUCAUAGUUUUAAUAAAACGAUAGUUUGUACUAAAAUGGGUCAAGACUGAUAUUUCCGGCUUUCAACUUGACAAUCAUUCAUUUUCAUUCAUUGAUUUACCUAUUUAUUAACAAAUUCGGUAUUCACUAAAUCUAAGUCCCAGUCUCGAAGUAUUUUCGAAUAAUCGAGUUUGUAUAUAAGUUAAAUUAAUUGAAUAAUUUUUUUUGAAAUACGUUUUUGCGUUUUUUUUUUAAACUAUGAGUAUUUAUUAAACUAUCGAAUUCAAAACCGUCCGUGUUUUUCAAACAGCUGAAAGAAAAUCUCAUUGGAAAUUAACCAUUUUUUAAAAAUAAAUUUACAAACAAGUCUUAACUUAAUGUAGGUUAAUUAUUUUUUAUAAAUGCAUUCAAUCUUCUAAAGGUAGCUAAACCUAUCCAUACAUACGUACAUACAUUUUAUAUAUACAAAAUAUACUGCUAUACGAAAAAAAAUGUUACAACUAAAAUAAAAUAAAAUAAUAUUUAUUACCUAUACAUACAUAAAUUUUCUCACGGAUGCCUUACAAAAUAAAAUGUGUAACGUUGUACAUAAGCAUUUAUAG